UGUGCCUCAGCCACCUGACAGCAGACGGGCUGUCCUUGGGUAAUAUUUAUUUCUGGGGGGGGAAAAGAAACGCUAUAGGCCUAUGAUCCAAAUCAAACUGUCCGUUCAUCCAUUCAAAAGAAGCGUUAAUACUCUUUCCGGCCAUAUAUUCCAACCCGUAAAGGUCAAUCUCAUGUCCUCAGUGGACUGUUUCGCCUCUGGAAACUUGUCCUCGGCUUCGCUGAAAGGAACAUUAACAAAAAUUCAGCGAAGCAGGGGCAAAGCAAGAGAAAGAGCUACAGCAAAGACUCCGCGCCUGCCUGAGAGUGACUGUGAAAUCUGCAGGUGUUCGCCGUCGUCGGGAUCGGGCAGCAGCCGCACGGUUCUCCGUAUUCUUACCGCCUGUCUGCUCUCCUUUCUUUCCAUUCUCGGCUCGGUGUCUGUGGAUGUCAGCGCCAACCUGGAAUCAUGGCGAGACACCGAGGCUGCACUCCAUCAGCUCACGUCGUGUAAAACUAAUACAAUUUUAGGGCUUAUUGGAGAACUUCAAAACAUGUGGGGAUCGUGUGUGCCACAGACGAGCAACGCGACGGGACGCAGUCCCUGUAUUCGGCGACCUUCUGAUACUUUUUCCGUUAUUAUGCACCUCUGCAAAUACAUGCCUGUCCCCCAUAACUCGCAGGGGCUUCCGUGCAGCGCGGAAAUGAAUGAGUUUUGUACGCAACUGGAAGACAUUCUCUCAUUCAUAGAUGAGACUGAGCAUGCCGGCGACAUAGGUGUUAAUGCGACGAUCUACUCUGUCUUCAUUUUGAGACUCUUGAGGUAUUGGGGCGACCCGGAGGAGGACAUCGAAAGAGUCAAGCAUAGCGCAACAUGGGCCGACGUAAUGUCACUUAAACUGUUGGUUGGUGUCCAGGAACUCAGUCGUCAACUAAAAGGGUCCCUGCCAACGGCAGAUGAAGGUUUUCGGAACUAUUUUUAUCAAUCUGUGAGCACCUUGUCUUUCGCUAAGUACGUAUCAGAAAACCUCCAGACAUGCUGGAUGGAGAACAUGAGCGUGAGACUGGACUUGACCCCGCCUCAUGAUUCCCCCAUACUGCUGCCCUGGGCGACUUGGAUGGGGCAGGCGGUUAUUGACAGCCUUGGACACGUACGGGCAUGUGUGCUGGAGAAGGGGCGUCAGGCACUCAGGCAAAAAUCACGGGACUUGCUCUCCAGCUUGAGUUUGAAGAUUUGCCUGUUGACCAUCGCUUGCCUCAUCUAUCCAAUAGUGCUGCUCUCCUUCAAACAGAUGACGGAUUGGAUUCAGAACUACGCGCGGAGCUUGAAGGAGAGGACGGAGGACCUAAAGAGGGAGCGGCAUCUAGCCGAGGACCUGCUGCACCAGAUGCUCCCCAAAUCUGUAGCAAAGCAACUGCGUCAGAGGAAGCACGUCAAAGCGGAGAGUUACGAACAGGUAACAAUUUUCUUCUCGGAUAUAGUGGGCUUCACUGCAAUCUCUGCCUCCUGCACCCCACUGCAAGUCGUAGAGAUGCUGAACAACCUCUACAUGUGCUUUGACACCCGUAUAGAGUCUUAUGACGUCUACAAGGUGGAAACCAUCGGAGACGCGUACAUGGUGGUGAGCGGACUUCCAGAAAGGAAUGGUGACAAGCAUGCAGAUGAGAUAGCGAAGAUGUCACUGGACCUGGUGGCCGCCGUGCGGCAGGUGCCCAUCCCGCACAUGCCUGGCAAACGCCUGCAGCUCCGGGCGGGCAUCCACACCGGUCCUUGUGUCGCUGGCAUCGUGGGGUACAAGAUGCCACGGUACUGCUUGUUUGGAGACACAGUUAACACAGCGUCCCGCAUGGAGUCCACCAGCCUGCCUCAAAGGAUCCACGCCAGUUCGGACACCUACCUUGCCCUCAUGAAGGACAAUGCUUAUGAUCUGCAGCUGAGGGGGGAGAUAGAGGUCAAGGGCAAAGGUAAAAUGAACACAUACUGGCUUAUGGGCAACAAGAACUACAGCGUGCAGAACGACAGUCUGGUCUGUCACUGGAACCCCAGUCUCUCCAGGAGGAAGAAGGCGGUGGCAGACAGCGCCGUGUCUGUGGCUCGGUCCGGCUCCAGCAUCGCGGUGCAGAGCAUCAGCGAGAACGCCAACACACCGGUGCCCACACCUGCAACGGAGAACACGGUGUGCGUGUCUGCGCAAGUGGAGCACGGCGCGACCGAGCCCAAGGCGCCAGGCUCCCUGACUGCGCAGCUGCAUGGGUGCGACUAUGCGGCCACCCAUUCCUCUGGGGGGGGUCCUAUUGAACAGAACACCUACCCCCCCACAGGCGAUAAGCCCGACCUGCUGCCGGGGUCAGUCCUUAACACCUAGAUGCUUUGAGAAGCAUCCAACGAGCAUCACAUGACUGAAAUGUUUCAUACAGCUUUAGUACUAUGAGAAUGUUUGUGUUAAUUCAUGAUUUGUAUUGUGUAUGGAUGUUAACCAGCACCAGUGACACCCUCCAUCUGUUCAUAUUGUCCUGCUGAUUAUUAUUCUAUGUAAUCAGUUCUGAUUGAAUUAUUACUGUAAGACAUAUGAGAUAGUGUGUUCUUCUUCGAGAUACAGAAUAGAAAAUGCUGUCACAUGCCAUCCUAAAAUUUGAACUUAUCAGUUUAUCAACAACAACAAAGGAACAUUAUCUCUUAUAUUCCACGGUGCAGCCGUCUCUAAGUAGAAUAUUUUCUGUUCUUUUGUUGUUUUAGGACAGAGAGCAUAUGUCUCAAAAUGUUGAUCUUUUUACUGAUAUGAAUAAAUUUAAAUAAACCUACUUCUAAACUUUGA